ACACUGAAGUCACUGUCUAGAGAGCCGCCUUUCGAAACAUAUCAAUCGACAGAACUCGCUUUCGUCCACAUCUUUCUCUGAAUAAUUGAACGUAACCUUUGAGGACUUUACGGAUUUAAGGAAAAUGCUGUCGACAUGAUGGACAUAUCCCCGCUUGUAUGCAGAACACACAGGGAUUGUUGACGCCUUUAACGCCGCAAGUGUGCCACUGCGUACCCUGAGGGAGGAAUACAAGUUCAGGAUAUGGUCUUUCUGUUACCGCUACAACUGCGUUGUGGCGUCCUGUGGCCAUCCACGUUCACUCCUUUGGACGGUUCAAAUUCUUUUCUGGCCUGGAGGCGAAUUACUCGCUACCGAAUGUUUCAAGACAGGGAAAACACAUCUGCUUUUCUGAACAUUCACAUUUUGAACUCUAUGUCGACCAUGAAAUUUGUCGUUCUUCCAUAGCCCGCAGAAUAUGCUUAUAAGAGGAGACUGCGGACGACACAAAAAUUUCAAACAAUCAAAACUCACCGGAAAU